AUGCUGGAGCGGGCUGCGCGAUGCAUCGAGACCGUCGGACAGCAAAUUUUCCUCUGCUCCCAAAGUCCUUUACGGUCGCAACGAAUCCUACGCUCAAAUUUCUGGCACCACAGUGCAGUCGAUAUAGAUAUACCUUUUUGGUGCUUUGGUUUUCUAAGUUCGCAGCAUUCACCGGGUGAAACUGAUCGCGUGGGCGGGGGACACCGAAUUUCGUCGGACCACUUCUCGUACCUUGAAUUUCUCUAUCCUCCGCGCACCCGGUCUUUCGCGAGAUCUUAUUUGCGAACAAGAAAUCUACACAAAACCACUAAUGUCCGUCGGAGGAAACGGUUUUCUUAUCGAGGCUUUGCGUCAUCCACAGAUGCGGUUGAAGGCUCAAUAACUGUUUCGGAGGCGCCGAGCAGAAAUGUAGACAACAAAGCGGUACUGGCUGAACUGCGGCGGCUUCUUAAGAAUGAAUAUCAGCCAGAUUACAGCAAGGCGUGGAAACUUUUUCAGGCCGCCGGAUCGCCUGCUGAGUUAUCUUCACAAAUGCUCGCGUACCUAUCAGCUUCCGAUAAACGUUCAGACGCGAGUCGUACGAAAGUACUUUUCGAUGGAAUCCCGGUUUCCAAAAGAAAAGCAAAGGAUUAUUUAUGCGCGAUCAAGACAGCUUUAAUAUGGAAUUUUGAAGACUUUGACGUUAAAGAUAUCUAUAAUGAAGCUGCCUCAAGGAAUGAAGAGGAAUUGUGCUGGGGGUUUACAAUCGCUUUAUUGGUAAACAGGCGGAAUUGGCACGAUGCUCUUGAGAUCUGGAACAAUAGGCCUAAUUCGGCCCCGGAUUCAGAGAAGCAGGUAGAGUCUGCAGAAUUAUCUGAGCUACCUGGACUGCCCAAUCGAGUUAUCUCGCUUCUGAAGGAUAUACAAAAUGCUCAAUUGCAUAAGGAUGCGCCUGGACUCAUGGACCUCAUCCGCUUUAUGGUGAAUCAUGUGGUCUCCAGCCAAAAGUUCAUGACAGAAAUGUCCACCAAAUCCAUGCUAUCCCUAUUCGAAUUGCUCGACUCGCUGCAGCUGCAUGAAACUCGAUUUUACUUCCAGGGAAUUUCGACACUACAGUCAUUAUGUUUGCGACCAGCGCACUCCCGAUCAAUGUUGCUUUAUCGCAAUUUUCGAUGGCGUCUACCUGAAGAACGCGUCCCACAACCAAUGCUCAAUCGUUUCUUAAAAAAUCUAUCGGCGCUAAAGAUAUCAAAAGGCGUUGACUAUUUGUUAGACGAAUAUCGGCUAUUGUACGGGAAGCCAUCGCCCGAAGCGUACCGUUACGGGUUAACGACUUUCGCCAGACUUGGGAAGGAAUCAGAAGUCAAUCGCUUGUUUCGGAGCUACGUGGAAGAUUUCGGCGUGCCAUCCGACUUGAAAUUACUAUCUCCGCUUCUCUACGUCCACGCCAGGCUUGGGCAAGUUAAAGAAACGCAAGAGCAAUUGGAUAGGCUGUCAAAGGACUUUGACGUGUCUCCAAAUGUCAUAUGUUGGAAUAUACUCCUUACUGCUCACGCCAAAUCCGAGGAUCUUACGGGCGCAAUAACCACGUUCAAAACCAUGAUCCAGAACGAAAUUACUCCCGACACCCAUACUUUUGGGAUUCUGAUGGGCUUACUCGCCAACAAGGGUGAUGUGGAUGCGGUUAUCAACUUGUUCAACUUUGCAAAGCAGAAUAAAGUCAGAAUAAGUUGUGCUUUGAUCGAUGGCAUCGUUGAGGCAUUGUGCAACAACCGCAGAUAUAGUGAUGCUGAAAAAGUGGCCAACGAAGCGCUUCACUUGGAUUUUUCUGGAUCGUUGACGAGGAUGUGGAACGUCUUACUCUGGAAUUAUGCCUUCAUUCCAGACAUCGAUUCGGUCUCCAGGAUCCAAGGGCAAAUGCAGCAAGAAGGAAUAGAAUUUGAUGGAAUGACUUACGCAGCAUUGAUGCUUAGUCUUGUUCGAAUCGGCAAGCUUGAAUCAGCCCGCCAAAUUCUUGCUAAACUUCAUAGAAGCCGUCGCACCCACAUUACGGAGCUUCACUACGCGAUUCUACUUCACGGGUAUCUAAAGGAAAAGAACCGCGACAUGAUACUAGUUCUGUACAAAGAAAUGGCCGCCAGAUUUGAGACACUUGGUCUUAGCGGAAAUUUGUCAAUGCUUAGGGCCAACAUCAGCCGCGACUUGCAGCGGUUUCGUGAAAAAGGCGGCAUUUAUAGUGAUGACUCCGUGGAUUUAUCCCGGGCAGAACGACUUCUAGACGUGAUUAUUGAAAACUUUGACGUCUCCAUGCUUGCUACGAAACAACCGCAGCCAGGCGCAAAACGACGUUCUGUGAGAAGCGCUUUUCCGUCAGCCUACUAUGAACCCCUUGUUUUAGCUUAUGGAUCUCAAGGCGAGUUCCAGAAAGCCAACAACCUCGUGGACAAGUACCAUUUGAACAUGAAAAGGCUUGCUCUAGAGACGCAGUCAUCGUCUCUUCAAUUUCUCCAUGCCGAGAUGACCAAUUAUAUGAGACAAGGGAAACAUGACAAAGUUGAUGUGUGCUGGAAAAAGGCUGUUGAAGAUACAAAACGUGUUGCGCGUCCCACUGACUUGAAGACACUGAUGGACCGAUCGCACAAUACGCCCGAAAUCUCGGACCUUUCACGUAGCCAUCACCAAGAGACCUCAUCGCACGACGCCGAUUCUGGCAUCCUUCCGUCCUAUCGUUUCGCUCUUUCUCGUUGCAUUUCCGUCGUCAUGCAAUCAUUGUCGUAUCGAAAUCUCCACUCUAAAAUCGCGCAGGUUAUUGCUGAAGUUGAAAAGAUUGGUUUCGCACUAACGACAUUCAACUGGUCUCUCUAUAUCAAACUUCUAUGUACAUCUCGGCGCCCAGUUGAUCAGUUUUUAGCUUUCACCCUCUUCGAAGAGAAAUUCAUAUCGAAUUUUAUUAGCUGGGCGCACAUCAAACGAGGGUAUACGAAAAGACCAGUUAAAGCACCCGCUGGCCUCGACUAUCUCGAGCGUCGAAUUGCCCCAUUACAACGACAUCAAGUAUUAGGUAAAGCCGGUCGCCAAGCUUGGGCUCAGAUCCAGCCAGAUUCAAUGCAGCCGACAUAUCUCACAAUGCUCUAUCUCGCUUCCGCCCUGAUCGACUUCAGGUCUCGAUCUAUCGCUAGUGGCGAGGGGGAAAUGGACCAACUUCUUUCAAAGGCCCCGCAAACCGUCAACGCCGUUGCGAAGCUACCGUUCCUACGUGAGAAGUUUCAGGGCCUCAUCCUUCGUGGCCGCCGGGAUAUCGAGGAAGAAUUGGGCCCGGAACCCGUGAAAACCACUGACCAUGUGGUUUGGACCGGUGGUGUCCUCGGCGUUGAUGGAGAGACUCGUAUCGACACUAGUCCAAUGGUAAUGGAACCCGAGGACGUAACACCUAGCGACCACGCUAAACCCCACCGGAGACGUGAAUAUGUGUCAAUGCCUGGAGAAGACUUUUCUGAACCCGACGCAGAUAUGCUAGAAACUAUGCUUGCGGAGGACGCGGAAUGGAAGGCAACACACUUUAAACCAGGGGCACCGUUUGAGAUCGAACCAGCGGAACGAGUCUUAGAGGCGCAAGAUGAGUUAGAUCUGGAAUCAGAAAGUCGCCUCGAGGUUCAACAGGGCGAGGAAUGA